ACAAAAGAAACAGAGAUGAUAUCAGUGACCAAAGGAGAUUCAGUCACACUAAACACUGGUGUUACUGAAAUCCAGAGUGAUGAUUAUAUAAUGUGGUCAUUUAAGUUUAAAAAUAAAGAGAUUCGUAUAGCAAAAAUCUAUAAACAGAGAAACUAUAUUUAUGAUGAUGAGAAUGAGAGAUUCAGACACAGACUACAGUUAGAUGAGCAGACUGGAUCUCUGACCAUCACAAACAUCAACAAACUACACUCCGGACUUUAUAAAGUACAGAUUAUUGAUAGUGAUAUCAGACACAAGGCUUUUAGUAUUGAUGUUUAUGGUGUGAAGUCAUUAUCGGUGACAGAGGGAUAUUCUGUCACUUUAAACACUGAUGUUACUGAAAUACAGAGAUUUGAUCAGAUUCUGUGGAUGUUUGGACCUCAAGAGACUCGUAUCGCUGAGAUCUACAGGCAGAACAUUGACAUGUUUGACAGCAAUGAGAUAUUUGGAGACAGACUAAAGAUGGACAGACAAACUGGAUCUCUGACCAUCACAAACAUCACAACUGAACUCUCUGGACUUUACAAACUAACCAUCAUCAGCAAGAGACUAAAUUCCCACCAAACGUUCACUGUUACUCUCUAUGGUCCUUUGCCCAUUCCUGUAAUCAGCAGUUACUCUACAACAUGUAAUACACGGUCAUCAUUAUCUCCAUCAGUGUCCAGAUGUUCAGUGUUGUGUUCAGUGGUGAAUGUGAGUGCUGUGAGUCUCUCCUGGUACAAAGGAAACAGUUUAUUGUCCAGCAUCAGUGUGUCUGAUCUCAGCAUCAGUCUCUCUCUACCUCUGGAGGUGGAAUAUCAGGAUAAAAACACCUACAGCUGUGUGGUCAACAACACCAUCACAAACCGCACCACACAUCUGGACAUCAGUCAGACCUGCUCACCAUGUUCAGGUUUUAAGCUGACACACACAGUGAAGAAUUUAAACUCAUCUGCAGCAGAAGUUUUUCAUGCAGAUGAACCAGAGACCAUUUCAGUGAUGGAGGGAGAAUCUGUAACACUAAACACUGGUGUUACUAAAAUACAGAGCAAUGAUCAAAUUCUGUGGAUGUUUAGGCAUAAAAAUACAGAGACUCGUAUAGCUCAAAUCUUAAAACCGAUGACCUCUGUAUAUGACAGCGAUAUUAAUGAGAGAUUUAGGGACCGACUACAGUUAGAUGAGCAGACUGGAUCUCUGACCAUCACAAAUAUCAACAAACUACACUCUGGACUUUAUAAACUAAUGAUCAUCAGCGGAGGGGUCAAAAACAGAUAUUUCAACAUUGCUGUUUAUGCCCCUCUAACUGUUCCUGUCAUCAGCGAUUCUCCUCAAAACCCUUCAGUAUCAGAAAGAUCCUCAAGCCAGAAUUGCUCACUGUUGUGUUCAGUGUUGAACGUGAGUGCUGUGAGUCUCUCCUGGUACAAAGGAAACAGUUUAUUGUCCAGCAUCAGUGUGUCCAAUCUCAGCAUCAGUCUCUCUCUACCUCUGGAGAUUGAGUGUCUGGAUGAUUCGUACAGCUGCGUUGUGGCUUACUCAUUCACAAACCAGACUACUCAUCUCAACAUUACUCAGCUCUGCGGGACAUGUCCAGCAACCGGACAACUUUUUAUUCUGAAAGCUCUAAUAAUUGCUGGUGUAGUCCUGUUGCUGUUACUGCUUGGGGUCACAGGAGCUGUGAAGUUCUGGCACCGGAAGGACAACAAACCAGCAGUUGAAACUACAGAAGAAGAGGUCAUUUAUACUGAUGCAACAUUUACUACACACAGAGCUCCAGAUACUGAAACUAAAGGACUGGAUCAGACCGAGUAUUCAGAAGUGUUUUUGAGAUGAUGAGCAAAUCUGGUCAUGGAGAGAACGCCCUGUUGUUUUCAGGAUGAGAAUUGAUGAGGGUAUAGCAAUGCAAAACUGCAGUGACUGUUAGUAUGGUUUCAGUAUUCAUGCUAUACACACCCUUAAAGUCCACAUCAACCAGAUGCUGCGAGGUUUUUUUUUAAUAUUGUGAAUCAGUCCUGAGAGAAAUGAAAUAUUAAAUGAGACCGUGGACGUGGCUUGUUUUUUUCUACUGAGCGCUGAAUGGAUGUAGUAAAGCAUUCCAUUCAGAAAGAUCCACAACAACACGAAGCAGAAGCACCAAUACAAACACAUCAUCAGCAAUACAUUGCAAUAAAUGUUCACAACUUUGUAAACCAAGAUCAAUAUCCAAACACUGCGAAAUCAAUGUGUUCAUGCAGUGCCAUAGUGUGUAUAGAGAAUAACGUCUUCACUAAAACACACCUUGAUUUAAAUAGACCGAUAUUACAAACAAUAAUGGAAUCAAUAUUAUGUUCUGCUGCUAUUUCAAAUAUGGCAAUGAAAACGCUUUCCGUUUGUCUUGUUGUUGACAGUAUAACCUCCCUGAUGCAAGUGCUUCUUACUUCUAGACCAGAAAUGUUUUUAUGCCACCAUUUUUGGCGCUUUAGAGCCGGUGCUUUAGGUAUCGAAUAACAAAGAACUGUUUUGGAACUUGGCCCUGAAUCAGCACUCAAAUUUCCCUUUGUUUUCAUUUACAGGAAUGAAAAAUAAUCUUGAUUUCGGAGAAAUAACUCUUUAAGAACAUCUUUGUGGAAGACAAAAUGGUUCUUUUAGGCACCAAUGGAUUUUAUUAUUUAUUAAGAAAGAGAAACCAGAGGUGUCUCACAGUUCAAAGGGCUUUCAGCAGGCUCCACAUUUGCAAGGCAUUAAGAAAUAGUAUUAAGAUUUGAUCAUGUUUUUUUGAAUAAGGUCUUUUCUGCUCACAAAGGCUGCAUUUAUUGAAUAAAAAACAAAUAAAAACAGUAUAAAAACAGUAAUAUUGUGAAAUAUUUUAGUUUAAACCCCAGUGAUGCAAAUCAGAGGUUUUAACCACCUCACUGUUGAGGAUCAAUAAACAUUUAUGAUUA